AGUCUGUUUGGAAAACAAAUGGAGAUGGGAAGGAGUACACCUCUUCGAAAUCCAAGAGCGCCCAAAUCCGAAAUCCAGCUUUGAGGUAUUUCCAUAAGUCCUUGGCUAGUACGAUUUUUGCUAGAAAGGAGACCGGGAAUGUGAACGAGAGUGAGAUCCAGCUCAUAGAUAUAGUAUUGAGUGGUGUAUUGCCAAGUACUAGGGAUGGUAGAGAACUAGUAGGAGAUAAAAUGGAUGGUAGCAUGGUCUCGGUUCUGUUAAACUAGCUGAUGUACUGCAAGGAUUGGGUAUUUAAAGCUGUUAGGAGAGGUGUGCAAGGAGAGCUCAGUAUUGGUGGACUAGUCACCCCGCUAUUGGUAGCUUGUGAUGUUGAAUUACGGGGGAAGGUUUACAACGCUCGUUGGAUUGACAUUGAGACUUUAACAAGGACGCACUUCCUUGAUAGCGAGUGUCCCAACGGGUUUUAUCUAUAUAAGUUCACCCACCCUUCACUUGGAGCAGCAAGAAUGGUGUUGCCUAACACCGAGCUUACAAAGAUCAGAUUGGGUGCUAAUAUCGACUUUUGGCCACCCGUCUCAGCGUUAUAUGACCCGAGGUCAGUCCAAGAUCCUGUUCCUAGCUUCGAGUCAGCGCAACAAACCUAUGCACCUGAGAUCAGAGAAGAAGAGCCUGCUAGGGAAGACCAGGAAGAGGACUUCUAUUUUGACGAGUGGGAAGAGUCCUCUAAGCAGUCAAGGGGGGUAAAGGAAGCUCAUGAAAAAAUUAGCAUCCUUCAGAAGUGGAACAAGUUCCAAAGCAAGACUAUCACGGCAUUGAAGAACACUGUGAAGGAUCUUGCUGGAACAGUUAAGGAUAUGGGGGAGCAGAUCAAGGAGCUUCAGAACAAGGUUGGAUGCUCAACCUCCACUACAGCCAUGUCUAGUAAUUUGGGGAGGAGUGCAUCAGUCAGGACACAUACCAAGUCCAACCUACCAGUUAGCCCGCCUAGAGCUUCAUUUGAUCCGAGGAGAAGUCUGUUCAGAACCAGAAGAGAACCGGGAGCUGACACGAGCACCUUACCCGAACGCACACCCGAUCGGGCCGGCUCUUCACACCCGGUCGGGUCAGCCUAUCACCUCGCAGUCGACUCUGAAAAUAUCCAAACCGAGCAUGUAGCAGCAGGCCUCGACGUCAUGAGCUCGUGGUUUGGACCACCACCCAAGAGAGCAAAAACAGGUACACUCGGACACUGAAAAGCAUGGACCCGAUCGAGUGUGUCCAAUCCGACCAAGCGAGCACAAUCGAUCACCCGGGAUCACAAGAGGAAGCUUAACACGGACAAGCCGAGCAUGGACCCGAACGAGCCCA